AUGGCAGAAAAGAAGCCUGUGUUUGUCCGAUUCAGAUCUUCCAAUCUCUAUGUUCUAGUGACGGUAUCACUGUCAUUGUUCACAGAUAUGAUGGUCUAUAGUAUCAUUGUCCCCAUCAUGCCAUUUGUCAUUGAUGCUUUACAGAAUGGCAAAUCCCCUGAUUCCGGACCAGAUCCAUAUCAUUCAGAAGUGUCCAAUGGUGGUUCUGUGUCUCAGGAUACAGGUGUUUUAUUAGCUUUAUUUGCUGCAGGUCUUUUAGUCGGCUCUCCCAUUUUGGGCUAUUUAGCGGAUCGAAUGAAACACCGUCAGUGGCCGAUGGUUGCAGGCAUCGCUGGUUUGUUGGGAGCUACAUUGCUCUUCUUGUUUGCUAAUGCGUACUGGGAAUUGCUCUUGGCUCGUUUCUUGCAGGGUUUCUCAGAUGCCUGUGUCUGGACGCUUGGUAUGUGUUUAAUCGCUGAUACAUUUGCACUAGAAGAGCUCGGUACACAGAUGGGCCGAGUGUUGCUGUUCCAUUCUGUUGGCCUUGUUUGCGGUAGUCCUAUUGGCGCCUUGUAUCAAUCAGCUGGCUAUAAAGCCCCUUUUAUACUGUGUAUUUGUUUGGCCGGCAUUGAUUUCAUCUUGCGUGUCUUUUUGGUGGAACGAAGAAAUCGCCCUGCUGAAUGGUUCCAAAAAGAGCCUGUUGUGAAUGCACCCACGAUUGUCCCAUCGACGCUUGUCAACCCCACACCGGGAGACGAUGACAGCAGUAGCAUCAAGAAGAAGAGCAAGCACAAUGUUACUGUGCUUCAACUUUUAAGCCAGCACCGUUUGAUUGCUAGUUUGUUGCUCGCGUUUGCCAACGGCUGCGUCUACAAUGUCUUUGAGCCUACUCUCACUGUUCGAUUAUCUACUGAAUGGGGAUACAAUGCCAGUCAGAUUGGUCUUGUGUUUCUGGCUCAAGUGAUUCCAACAUUCGUUGCUACUCCAUUAGCAGGUAUCAUCAGUGACAGAUAUGGUCCCAAAGUCGUUUGUUUCACUACGCUUGUGGUAUGCGCCAUUACCAUGUUUCUCAUUGGCAUUCCAAGCAACUCUACCGCUGGCGGCAUUGUGCCGUUGAUUGUGAUAUUCGCCAUUCAAGGCUUUACCGCAUUUGCAUUCAUCACGCCUGUUUUACCAGAGCUAGCUUAUGUUGUUGACCAUCUCAACCCUGAUGACGGUGAUUCAGGACAAGGCAUGAGCUAUGCUUUGUUCAACAUUGCCUUUGGUCUAGGUGGUCUUGUAGGUCCCUUGCUGGGCGGAUUUUUGUAUGGCAGGAUUGGCUUCUUCAACAUGUGUGUUGUCAUGGGCGCGUUUCUGGCCGCAUGCUGUCCAUAUGUGUUUUUCUUUACUGGCGAACCUGGUAAAUUCAUUGUUCGUCCUCAGGACAAGAAGCAGGCAUCUACAGCAGCCAUGGUGCAAGUCGAAGAGGAAGUUGCUGCUGAAAAGCAACUCGGCGCUACAACAUCCAGGGCAAUUGGCGAUGCUGAUAGCGACGAGAUUCAAGAAGUUGCGGCAGAUAUACCUCCUAUCAAAGAAAAAGACAUUCGCUUUGCUGAAUAG